UAAAAAAAUAAAAUACACGUGUUUAUGGGUUGAUGAUUGACAGGGCAGCACAGGGUCCAUAAGGUACACAUCAACUUCAGUCUACUAUCUUCUGACAAAUCUUUACACAUUUGCAGAUUAGGUGGAGUGAAACAUCAAGCCAGGGGGCAGCGCAACAGACGGACACCUGUAAAGAUGGUGCUGCAUCAAACAGGGUUACCUCUGGUUUUCACUCUUAAAUACAUUUCAAACUCUCAAACGAUAAAAACUUUGGUUUUUACUAUACUAUAAGAGAGCAACAGUGAUGGUUUGUAUACUGCCACCUGAUAUAAUUUGGUAGUUCAAGUUCAAAGCUCAUUACAAGACUGUGUUUAAUUUGCCCCUGUCAUGUUAACUUAGACUUUCUCAUACUUCAUCCUUUUUUUUAAGGGCUGUUGUAACAUUAAACAUGUGCUGUUUGCCAAUCAAAGAUCAAAUGCAAAAACUUCAUCGCUCCAAAGAUAUUCACCCAUUUAUUUUCAUGUCUUUUUUUUUAUGUCAAUUGAAGAGAUGAGAUGACCUUCAAACCCCACAAGAUGGGGCUGUUAGAGGAUGACAUUGCAUUCCAAUCCAAAAUACCUGUGCCACUGGAUAUAGCAGUGGCUGUGGUCUACUUUCUCUUUGGAGUGUGUUCACUGUUUGGAAACAGCGCACUGCUGUACGUGUCCUACAAGAAGAAGCACCUCCUGAAACCCGCCGAGUACUUCAUCAUCAACCUAGCUGUCAGUGACUUGGGCCUAACGCUGUCCCUUUACCCCAUGGCGAUAACUUCAAGCUUCUACCACAGGUGGUUGUAUGGGAAAACGGUGUGCUCCCUGUACGCUUUUUGUGGCAUGUUGUUUGGUAUCUGCAGCCUGACCACUCUAACCCUGCUAGGCAUCGUGUGCUUUGUGAAAGUAUGUUACCCAAUCUAUGGAAACAGGUUUAAUUCUGUUCACGGCCAUCUGCUGAUUGCCUGUGCUUGGGUCUAUGCCCUGUUAUUUGCUUGCUCCCCGCUCGCCCACUGGGGGGAAUAUGGACCAGAACCUUAUGGCACCGCUUGUUGCAUUGACUGGGGCCUGUCCAAUCAGCACACCACGGCACGCUCCUUCACUGUGGCGCUGUUCGUCUUCUGCUACAUCCUCCCGUGCUGCGUUAUCGUGGCCUCCUACACGGGCAUUCUGGUCACAGUGCACGCGUCCCGCAAGACCAUGGAGCAACAUGCGUCGAGGCAGACACACAUGAGCAGCAUCCAGACAAUUAUUGUUAAGCUGAGUGUUGCCGUCUGCGUCGGCUUCUUUGCGGCAUGGAGCCCAUAUGCUGUAGUCUCCAUGUGGGCUGCUUUUGGACACAUUGAGGACAUCCCUCCUCUGGCAUUUGCCAUGCCAGCUAUGUUCGCCAAGUCCUCCACCAUCUACAACCCGAUCAUCUACCUAAUGCUGAGACCGAACUUCCGCAGGAUGAUGCGCAGGGACGUGGGAACUCUAUGCCACGCCUGUCUGACAAGCUGCCUCUGCUCCCAGGGUGCUACAAAGUGCUGCUCCAAGCCAAAGAUCAGGGUGAGACUUCACACAGUUCACAGGCAGACCAACCAAUGCCCUUCGUCCGACUCCGCUGCUCAACCUCCAAUGGUGUCGUUGAAGAAGAGCAAGUGUGUCAAGUGCACGGAUGCUUUCGACUGCUUCAGACACUACCCGCAAAUGUGUGGCGUCACUAACCCAGCCGCUGAUGGCGACUCAUCGAAGGAUCAAGACACACCGGUUCCCCAAACACAUAAGCAGAAGACUGUGAGCCACAGGAAGUCUCUGCUGGCUACCAUGUGUGCAAAAAGGACUUCGGAAAUAGACAACCUCCAUAUUAAUUUGGAGAUGGUCCCAGGGCAUGCAAAAGUGGCCUGGCCCUGAUAUUGCUCUCAAUUUACAAUGAUUACAGAAUAUCUUGGGACAUAAUUGCAGGGUUGUUUUUUUAACUUUCAUUUCAGGAAAUGUUGUUUAGGAAUGUGUAAUACGCUCCCAAAGUGUUUGGGCAGCAGGCCUAUAACUUAUUUUCUUGGCCACUAUGCAUUAAUGACUAUGAUAUGAUAGAGCGGCUUUGAGGGAAAAUGCAGACAACUUUAAUUAGAAAGGUAUUUUGUCUACAAUAGUCUGAAACUCACAAUUAUGUUACCUUUUUUUUCCCCAGGUGUUAAGAACUAACUUUAGCUUAAAUUUCUAUGUGAAAUAGAAAUGCUUGUCGACUUCAACCCCAGGAAAUCACGUUGGCUAGGAACAAGGUAUGACGGUCACUCAUUAUUUCAAACAAUAUUUACCAUAUAGUUUACUCGAUGUAGUAUAUUGGGUUUCACUGUUGUGCACUGGUUUGUCCUUGAUCACGGCUUUCAUGUGAAAAGGGGUAUAACAUGUUUGGUGAUAUCGAUGGUCAGGCCUAAAGCGGCAAGGUGGAGCCGUACGAUAACUCUUUUCAGAAGCUGGUAACACUUCCUUUCCAAUGCAAGCACAGAUUACACUUGACAAAUGCAGGUAUAUAGUUUAUGGUGCUUUAUUAAUUAUCUAUAUACUGUACACGUUGCGCAAUACACAAAACUGCUGUAUAAUACUAUAAUUGCAGCAUGGCACAAUAUUGUCUAUCUACUUGUAUUAUUAGAACACAGAGUAAUUAUUUAAAAUUUGUACAAUGAAAAUGGAAUAUUACUGAACUUGAUUAACUACGAAUACUGUAGUGUUGUUAUUGAAAGAAAUAAUGAGUAAAACCAAUAUUACACAAAUGAUGCAGCUGUACAUAAAUUAAUUAGUAGACAGACAGCUGAGUUCAUGUUGUUUGUAGUUGUUGCGUGUUAAUCCACGGUGUACAGUUAACGUGCUUAGUGCUUAGGACAAAAUCAUCUCAAACUAUUGUAUGUAUUUUUUUCCUUUGCAUCAGCUGAUCCCACGUGUGUACAGCAAUUUCAUUUCAUCAAAAUUAAAAUAUUGGUGUUUUACCACUUUUUAAUUUACCACUUUUCUGUUUUAUUUCUCUUGUUGAAAAGCGUACUGCUUUUGAUGAAUGAUAGUUAAUUAGAUUUUAUCUAUCUAUCAACAGGGUAGCAUUUUAAUGACAUCCUUAAAUCUGAUAGAAAUUUGUUUCAAUUACUGUUAUGAAAGUGUAAAGCUUGUCCACAUCCCCCCCCGAUCCCUCAACCUUUCAUGGGUUUAGAGAUGAAAUGAUAAACACAAAAGCUUGAAAAAUUCAGCAGUUUUAUUUUUAAAAAUGUCCAUUAAAAUGUGAGUUUAAACAGUCAGUGAGUUUUUCAUCUUUAUUGCAGCAAUAUAUGAAAACAAGACCUAAGUCAGAUUCAGACUUGUGGACAACCAGUAAAGUGACAUGAUGUGAUAUGAAUCUAACUGAUGACUUACAGCUAUAUCCUCUAAUGUAGUUGAUGACUUGGAAGUAAAAGCCCUUUAAGUGCUUUCAUGUUUUCAAAAAAAAAUACAGCAUAUUGAUAUUCACCAACCAGUUGCAGGAUAUUACCAAUAGGAUUGAAUAUGAAAAACUGAAUUUCAUAUUUUGAAAAUUGAAUAUCAAUAUUCAGCAUCGAGCCAUGAAUUUUUGCUGAAGAUCAGUCGUUUAGCUCAAUAUAUUAAAUACACGAAAUAGACAUUUGAAGUUUUAGAAACAUAUUUACACAGAGUUUACUUAAAAUGUUAAUGUUUUCCAGUGGAUCCAGGUUCUGUAGGAAAUAUGGAUUGAGAACAGAGGGUGAUUAUCCUUUUGUGAUGCUGCAUAUUUGUCUUGUAUUGAGCAGUGUGCUGCAUAAAAAUACAAGGAUGGUGAGAACAGUGUCAAAUAUUUGGUACCAUGCAGUGUAGCAACUCACAAGUUUUACAUUACAUAAUGUAAUAAUCAAAAUCAAUUCAGCAACUCCACGCACUGGACACUCGGAAAAAAUGAGUACAUACUUUGGUUUUACUGUUAUCUUUGUAAAUUACAUUCAUGGCCGCAAAAUAAUCUACAGCAGGACUGACCCCUACUGUACACAACAAGAAUUCAGAUGUAUUACUGCAACACUGCACUGAGACGUUUUUAUCCUGUUGUACAAUUUCAUUCUUUCAUUUUACCUGAAACUUUACUAAUGUUUUCAGCUUCUUCCAGACUCUGUGACCUUCCCUGUUCUGUGAUUGAGUCAUAAUGUUUGUGUUUCACUGGAAUAAAUGUUUACCACGCG